CAGGUGGAGUCCAGAGCAGGGCCUGGGCUGCCGGUGCUCCAUGCCGCGCACGAGCAGAGGGGCUGCCAACUGUCCUCCAUGUGAGCCUGGCCCAUGAUGCAACAUGCCGCCCCAGCCCCGGCUCUGACCAUGAUGGCUACACAAAGCGUCCCCGCACCCCCCUACCAGGACGGCCCGCAGAUGACGGCAGCUGCCCAGCCACCCUCCAAGACCCACGCUGUCCAUGUCCCCGCGCCCUCAGCUGCUGCCAGCACGCCUGUGCCCAGCGCCCCCGCUGACCCCCAGGCCCAGCUGGAGGCUGACAAGCGGGCUGUGUACAGGCACCCUCUCUUCCCGCUGCUGACGCUGCUGUUCGAGAAGUGCGAGCAGGCGACCCAGGGCUCUGAGUGCAUCACCUCGGCCAGCUUCGACGUGGACAUCGAGCAGUUUGUGCACCAGCAGGAGCAGGAACACAAGCCCUUCUUCAGCGAUGACCCGGAGCUGGACAACCUGAUGGUGAAGGCAAUCCAGGUGCUGAGGAUCCACCUGCUGGAGCUGGAGAAGGUCAAUGAGCUCUGCAAGGACUUCUGCCACCGCUACAUCACCUGCCUGAAGACCAAGAUGCACAGUGACAACCUGCUCAGGAACGACCUGGCGGGGCCCUACUCCCCCAGCCAGCCCGCCAUGAGCCUGCACUCACAGGACCUCCUGCAGAACUCCCCCAGCUCCAUGUCUGCGGUCUCCAGCACCCCACAAGGCGCCGUGCUCCCAGCCUCCGCACUCCAGCAGGGCAGCAUCGCCAUGACAACCGUCAACUCACAAGUCGUGUCAGGUGGGGCCUUGUACCAGCCAGUUACCAUGGUAACCUCCCAGGGUCAGGUGGUCACCCAAGCAAUCCCCCAAGGAGCCAUCCAGAUCCAGAACACACAGGUUAACCUUGACCUCAGCUCCCUCCUGGACAGUGAGGAUAAGAAAUCCAAGAGCAAGCGGGGAGUCCUGCCCAAGCAGGCCACCAACAUCAUGCGCUCCUGGCUGUUCCAGCACCUCAUGCACCCCUACCCGACGGAGGAUGAGAAGCGGCAGAUCGCGGCCCAGACGAGUCUCACCCUCCUGCAAGUUAAUAACUGGUUCAUCAACGCCCGGAGACGCAUCCUACAGCCCAUGCUGGACGCCAGCAACCCCGACCCCGCCCCCAAGGCCAAGAAGAUCAAGUCCCAGCACCGGCCCACCCAGAGGUUCUGGCCCAACUCCAUUGCUGCCGGGGUGCUGCAGCAGGGCGGUGCCCCGGGGACAGACCCUGACGGUCCCAUUGGUCUGGACACCUUGCAGUCCCUGUCUUCAGACAAUGCCACCGUGGCCAUGCAGCAGGCCAUGAUGGCCGCACACGACGACUCGCUGGAUGGGACGGAAGAGGAGGACGAGGAUGACAUGGAGGAGGAGGAGGAGGAGGAAGAGGAGUUGGAGGAGGAAGCUGACGAGCUGCGGACGACCAGUGUGGGCGCCCUGGGCCUGGAGCGCAGUGACUCACUGGAAUAGGGCGGUCAGGCUGGCCCGGGGAGGGCCUCCGAGGGCUUCAGGGCGGCAGGACACGGGCCAGCGGCUCUCGAACCAGCAGCUCGAGGACAUGGGAGGAGAACCGGGCCGCCCACUUCCCUGAGCUGCCAGGACUCCAUGUGGCCAGCGGCCAGGCAGCCUGGGUGGAGACGGAGCAAGAGUGGCCUCAGCACAUCUCCAAGGACGGGGCCCCACGGCCCUCAGCGGGACUGGAGCUGUUUGCAGCCCCACCCCGGUUUUGGCAGGGGACAGACUUCGGAGGAAAGGGAGAGAUGGGGCCUGGGAGCCCCAAAGGGUCUUAGCCCCUCGAGAAGCCUCAUGGGCUGCAGGAGGCCCGGAAGCAUGACGGCGGCCAGGGAGUGGAGGCAGCGGCAGUGCAGAUCUGCAUGGGGCCUGGAUGCUGGGGUGAGCUGCCCCCCAUGCCCCCGGCCUCGGACAGGCCCCGACCUAGGAUGUCCCGUCCUGGGCCCACCUGGAGGAGGCCAAGGAGCCCUGCAGCUGGAACGGAGGUGGCAGGACCUGGUCACAGAACUCGGCACCUGUGACCCCGGGCAGCGGCACCCUCCUCCCUCCACAGGCCAGCUGAGCUCGGACUCUCCCGCCACCCUGCGCAGUCCCUCCGUCCCGGCUGGCUCUGGCCUCGGCCCCUGCUCAUUCUGUCUUGCAGAGAAGCACUGAGGGGCACUGUCAGUGGGCAGCCAGGGCUGAGAAGGUGCUACCCUUGCUGGUGAGGUCGGAAGGACGGCCCAGGAGCCCCCGUCCUGCCCACUGCUGGAAGCAGGACCGUGCCGGCACUGGGGACUGGGGCUCCCGGGGUGGGG